AAGACCAACACCAUUCUGCCGGUGACACGCGAGUGGUCCAUACUUCACCGCCACAGCUGCAGCCUGGGGCCCAAGCAUCGACUGGCAGCGCCUUGCAUCUCCAGACGACUCCUGCCGUCACCAGUCCAGCCGCGGGGCAGGUGCCGCUCCGAAACGUCAGCUCGCGUUCGCCGUGAGCUUAAAAGGAAACAACAUCGCGUCCUCUGGACAACAAGCGCAGGGCCAUGGCUGCAAGAGGACAUCUCAAUGUGCAAACCAACGUCGAGCAUCAGCUGGAGCAACAGCAGCACAACCGUCUCCAGGUUCCAGCCAGAGCCCCGAGCCUCAGCCCCUCUCGUCGCAGCUCGGUGAUGAGCGGCUCGCUGCAGCUGUCGGUGCCGUCACGGCGAGAAUCGGUCUCCAUGAACCUCCUCCUCCAGCAGCACCAGCAACAUCCUCAACAACAUCCACAACAACAACAGCACCAUCAUCAGCAGGACCAACGCCGCCUCUCCGUCGCGUCGUGGAUGCUGCUGCCCCAGAGCCGCGUCAGCUUCUCUGGCCUCCCGUUGCCCCCGGCUCAGGGCGACUGGCACCAGGACCCCCCGUGCGAGAAUUCCUACCGCCUGGGCCCCGCGUCGGCAGCGGCCUUCUCGGCCGCCAAAGUCCGCCGGGUCGUGGAGGAGCUCCUCGGCGGUCACCUGCGCCACGUGAGCUACCAGCAGGCGAGGAACGCAGCGACGGCUCGCGCCCUCACCGAGGCCAUCAGAGAGCGCGUGAAGGGGCUUGGCUUCGACAGGCACAAGCUCGUGUGCUGCGUGGCCAUGGCCGACGCCGCGGGCCAGGGCCUCGGCGUGGCCGGCCGGUGCCUCUGGGCCGAGGGCACGGACGGGGCGGCCAGCGCCACCUUUGUGUCCGCCCACGUGGUGGCCGUGGCGUCUGUGUACGGCCUCUACCACGAGUGA